AUGAGGUUCUCUACCAUCCUACCCCUGAUUAGUGCAUUUUCACUUUUCCAGCAAUCGUCAGCACGAUCACAGGCGUCAGAGGCCAUUCGACAAGUUACACCCAUCGACAAUGCAAAUAUCCGUACACCUUCCCACCAAAUAGACCACCUCACACAUUUUGAUGUCACUUUUGAUCUACAACGAGACGGCCAGCGGAUAAAGCUAGAACUCGAGCCCAACCACGAUAUCUUAGCUGAAGAUGCUUACGUGCAAUACAUCGCUUCCGAUGGAACGUUAACACACGCGGAGCCUAUUAAGCGCCAUGAACACAAAGUUUUUCGAGGUCGCGCAUUAGUAGGAUCUGGCAAGGGGAGAUGGACGCCCGCGGGCUGGGCGAGAAUUACCGUCAAAAGAGAUGGCCUGGAGCCUCUCUUUGAGGGCGCGUUCAGUAUCAAUGAUGACAAGCACCACGUUGAAUUGCUGUCGAACUAUCUUGACAAAAAGCGCCCGAUAGAUGCCGAUGUCGAACCCAGACACGGGGAGUACAUGGUUGUUUAUCGCGACUCGGAUAUGAUUCAUUACACACAUUCUGAGCUGAAGCGGUCGCUACCUGCGACCACCGGCUGCGGAGCGGACCGUCUCGACUAUAAUGCGGAUCUAACCAACUCUAUAUUCCCCUACGGCAUAAGCGAGGCUGACAACCAAUGGGGCAUGGCAUCAUUGGAUUCGCUGUUUGGAUUGAGCAAGCGACAGUCAUCAGAUGUUGGCGGCGUGUCAGGCAGCACAGGUGGUGUCAAUCUGAAGUCGACAAUCGGUGAUACCAGUGGGUGUCCCAACACAAAGAAGGUCGCUUUGAUUGGAAUUUCAGGAGACUGUGAGUUCACCGAGUCGUUCAAAUCCACCAACUCGACACCAAAGGAAGCGGCUAGGGACUGGAUCAUCAAUGUGGUAAACACCGCCUCUAGUCUGUACGAAGAGUCUUUCAAUGUGUCCAUUGGUCUGCGCAAUCUUACAGUCUCUGAGACGGGGUGUACAUCCACUGGUGCAUCUGCCACGCCGUGGAACGUGAAGUGCGAUAGCGGAAAUAUGACCUGGCGCCUUAACGAGUUCUCCAAGUGGCGUGCAAGUAACUCAGAUAACAAUGCUUACUGGACGCUCAUGACGAAUUGCCCAACGGGCAGUGAGGUCGGCGUUUCAUGGAUGGGUCGACUAUGUUCGUCUGAGCUGGUCACCUCCGGGGACAGCUCGGUGAGUGGUGCGAACGUUGUCGUUCGUAACUCUGGGUCUUCCUGGCAGGUUUUUGCCCACGAAACGGGCCACACUUUUGGAGCAGUGCAUGACUGCGACGACACAGCCUGUGGCAAGAAGCUGGACGCUUCAUCACAAUGCUGCCCGCUGAGUUCUUCGACCUGUGACGCCGCCGCAAAAUACAUCAUGAACCCGUACGCGAGCAAUGCUAUGGUCAAGUUCUCAGAAUGUACCAUCGGAAAUAUCUGCUCCGCCAUCGGCAAAAACAGCAUCAAGUCAUCCUGUCUCUCAGAUAACAAGGGCGUCGUCUCCAUCAGUGGCAGUCAGUGUGGUAACGGCAUCGUGGAGGCCGGCGAGGAUUGCGACUGUGGUGGCGAAGCAAGCUGUAGCGACAACGCCUGCUGUGACGCAUCGACCUGCAAGUUCAAGAACAAUGCUGUUUGCGAUGACGCCAACGACAGCUGCUGCUCCAAGUGCCAGUUCGCGUCUUCCGACACCGUUUGCCGCCCUAGCACAGGUGUAUGUGACUUCGCCGAGAAGUGCCCGGGGGACUCGAGCUCCUGUCCGGAUGACAAAUUCAAAGAUGACGGUUCAUCCUGUGGUGACAAGGGCCAAGGCCUCAGCUGCGCCAGCGGCCAAUGCACCAGUCGUGACUACCAGUGUCGAACUGUACUUGGCUCUCUCCUCAACAGCAACGACACAUGGGCCUGUGACAACACUGCAAACCCAUCAUGUACAUUAGUUUGCGGCGCACCUUCCAUGGCACAAUCUUUCGGAACAACGACCUGCUACAACAUGGAACAGAACUACCUCGACGGCACACCUUGUGACGCCGGCGGCCGCUGCAGCGCAGGUCAAUGCAAAGGCUCCUCGGCUCUUGGUUGGAUCCACCAGCACGAGAAGCUUGUGAUUGGCGUGUGUGUUGGUGGUGGCACGCUUGUUCUACUCGCUCUGUUCUUCUGCAUCUACAGCCGCUGUAAGCGCAGUGCGCAGCUGCGCAAGGCACGCAAGGCUAUUCCCCCAGGCACCUAUCGUCGAUACAAUGGGCCCCAGCCAACCGCUCGUCCGCCGCCUAUGGAUGAGUGGCAUGGAACGCAGUGGAAUGGAUACCCGAAUGCCGGGUAUCAGAAUAUGCCACCGAAUGCUGGGUAUCAAAAUGUGCCACCUCCCGGACUGCCCCCACGAUACUCAUGA